CCCACCUGCGAGAUAAACCGUUGAGGCUGAACAGCUGUCUCGCAAUAUUAAUGUUUUAGUGGCAGUUGUCGUACUAUCACCCCCUAAACAAUUCUUAUGGUACGUUUGAAAUUGAACUCAUUGCAGCGAUCAUCCCUGCGGCGUUUAACAUCAUUAUCAAUGCGCAUGUAGACAACAUUAUACUCAAUCGCAUUAAGAAGCUUAAAUGGCAUUAACAUUGCCACAGUGUGUGGCACGGUUUAAGCAUGGAUUUUCUCUUCGAUAAAGCAUAUACAGGGAAUCGUAGGGAAGCUUGGGCGAGUCGUUGAAAGUUCAUAUUUGACAAACAGCAGUUAGCGCUGGUGCUUUUCUUUCUUUGUUCUUUUUUUUUUUUGUCGGAAAUAGGGAAAUAUUUUGUUCAGGACUACGUCAUUUUCGAAAACCUUCCGCGAGUGAGUGAGUAACUGGAACGCAUUAACGCGCGCAUUUUGGUACAUACAUGUACGACGCGCGAGAAGAUGACGUCACACCCGCAGGAACUCGUGUUUUACCGCAAGCGCUUCACCGAGGCCAACCUACGCCAGCGGCUGGACAAAAUGGCCGAAAUGACGGACUCGCUGGUGGCCAACUGGAAGCGGGUGGCCGCGGUCAGGCGCAUGAUGUCCAAGGAAGACUGGAGCGACAUGUACACGCACUACGUGUGGUGGCUGCGCACCAAUCACUACUACACGCUGUACAACGCGAUACGGAAGACCCUGCGGGGACCCCCGCUGUACGGAGAGAUGCCCCUGUUCGGCGAGCAGCUGACCGAGGCCGCCAACUACGGCGCGCUGGGCACGACCAUCGGGGAGGGUGCCGUGCGGCUGAUCGAAGUCAAGGUUCCGCCCAGCGGAAAGGAAGACCUCACGAAUCGCAUGAAUUGCGUCCACACGCAAAAUCCUGACAUUCCUAGCUCGAUGAAAGAGCCCAUCUACCGGUCGUCUGCUGUCGACAUCGUGUUCAGCGCCUACAAGGUCGCGACAUCCAAGCAGAAGGCUCAGGAUCUCAAGAACUUCGGUGCCGACCGGACGUUCUUCCAGAUGAUGUGCUACCUGAUGUGCGACGGCAGCUCGAAGGACGCCAAGGUGUCGGAGCUGAGCUGCAACCAAGCGGUCAAGGACAGCACCCAGUUCGGCAAGGUUUUCGGCUGCCGGGUCGGGUCACCCAUGAACCCGACAUCCAAGUGUCGCUUGUUCACCUGAAACUGCAUCGACCCUUUCCGUGCGCUGCGAAAUCACUUUGCCCGCUCUGUUUGACUGGCGUGUCACGCGGGUGGUUUCGAGUAUACUUCACCCAUUGUGGCCUGCUCAUCAUCUUCUCGUUGUGUC